CUCCAGCUGAAUGAAUUAUUGGAUUUCCUUUAUGAGCAAUCCUUUCCUUUACACUUUACCCUCACUAUCAUCCCUCCUUUCUUAUUUUUGCCCUUUUUGUUCCUCUCUUUCUGUCCUUACUUUGUAAUGGAAUUAGGAAGUGCUCUUCAGUUCCUUGAUAACAAAUCCAUUCUAGUCACUGGUGGAACUGGGUUUUUGGCAAAGAUAUUUGUGGAGAAAAUACUAAGAGUUCAACCCAAUGUCAAGAAAUUAUAUCUUCUCGUAAGAGCAGCCGACCAUAAAUCCGCCAUCCAUCGUUUGCACCAUGAGAUCGUAGGGAAGGAUCUGUUCAGAAAUCUGAAAGAGAAAUGUGGGGUCAAUUUCAGCUCUUUUAUAUCACAAAAAAUUACAGUUAUACCAGGUGACUUAACCCAUCAAGAUUUGGGUCUCCAUGAUUCUGAUUUGCUUCAACUCCUUUGUAAGGAACUCGAUGUUCUUCUUAACCUUGCUGCAACUACCAACUUUGAUGAAAGAUAUGAUGUGGCACUAGACCUCAACACAUUGGGAGCUAAAUAUGUUGUGGACUUUGCCAAGAAAUGUGCCAAACUACAAGUGUUGGUUCACGUAUCCACAGCAUAUGUGUCAGGGGAAAGGUCAGGGCUUAUAGUUGAAAAUUCAUACAGAAUGGGGGAAACACUUAAUGGUGUGACAGGCUUAGAUGUUAACAUUGAGAAGCAAGUGGUUGAGGAUCAACUUCAUCUUCUCCGUCUCCAAGGCGCUUCUGAUAAGGAUAUCACCAUUGCCAUGAAAGAUCUGGGCAUUCAAAGGGCAAGGCUGUAUGGAUGGCCAAACACGUAUGUGUUUACCAAGGCAAUGGGAGAAAUGAUGGUGGGGGAAUUAAAAGACAUUAUACCAGCAGUCAUCAUUCGCCCUACCAUCAUAACUAGCACUUACAAAGAACCCUUCCCCGGUUGGGUCGAAGGUAUCAGAACCAUUGAUAGCCUAGCAGUUGGUUAUGCAAAAGGGAAAUUGACAUUCUUCCUGGGAGAUCUGGAGGCAAUAGUUGAUGUGAUACCAGCAGACAUGGUGGUGAACGCCAUAAUUGUAGCAAUGAUAGCUGAGGCAAGACAUCAACAACCCCAAACCAUUUACCAAGUAGGUUCCUCAAUCAGAAACCCCCUAAGGUAUUCUAAUCUUCAAGACUAUGGCUUCCGCUACUUCACCAAGAAUCCAUGGAUCAACAAAGAUGGAAAACCUGUGAUUGUUAGCAAGGUUACGGUUAUGAACAGCAUGGAUAGCUUCCAAAGAUACAUGGCAUUUCGUUACUUGCUUCUUUUGAAGGGAUUGGAAUUGGCUAAUGCAGCCUUCUGUCAUUUCUUUCAAGGUGUUUACAGCAAUCUGAAUAGGAAGAUCAACUGGGUCAUGAGAUUGGUCGACAUUUACAGACCUUACUUGUUCUUCAAUGCCACUUUCGAUGAUUUAAACACCGAGAAGUUGCGAAUGACAGCAAGAACGAGCUUGGUGGAGAACGAUAUGUUCUAUUUCGACCCUAAAAGCAUUGAUUGGGAAGAUUAUUUCAUGAACAUUCAUAUUCCUGGCAUCGUAAAAUACAUUUUCAAGUGAUUUAAGGGGUAAAAAAAGGGAAAUAUUUCCUUAAUGCUUUUCAAAUUCAUGGUAUAAUUAGUGUGGCAGCAUGAAUAUUAUGUUUAGCUGUUGACGAAAAGUGUGUUCAGAAUAUAAUCAAACCAUAUCCAUAAGUGUGUUUCUAAUAUAUAUUGCCUUAAUGAAUAUAUCAUAUAUGCAUGUAUGUGUUCCAA